UUAGGUGCCCUAUUUUUCAGCGGCGAAGAUCAAACCGAACUGGCCUUUGAUGAGGCCAUACGCCAGCUAAAUAAUCAAAAAUUAUUCGAGCUACAGUUCGAAACCAUAAAGCGGUAUGUGCCGAAUGAGGAUGAUAGCUUGGUGCUGCAGCAGUUGACCUGUGAACUGCUUGCCCAGGGUGUAGCUGCCAUAUUUGGCCCCAGCUCCAGGGCCACAACAGACAUUGUUGCCCUGAUAGCCAACAAUGCCGGGGUACCCCAUCUCCAGUAUGAUUGGGAUAUACCCAUCGAUUUGGAACAGCGUCGCCUCAAUCAUCAAAUGUCUGUCAGUGUGGCCCCAGCCCUGCAGUCUGUGGCCCGUGCCUAUUUGGAUAUUAUCCGCAAAGAUUAUAAAUGGAAGAAAUUUACCCUCAUCUAUGAAACGGAACAGGGUCUGGCCCGCAUCCAGGAUCUCAUGAACAUUGCCGAAGUGAAGAGAGAAAAUAUCAAGAUACGAAAUCUAGCCGAUUAUCAGGAUGAUCUGCGGGUGUUGUGGAAGGAAAUUGAAGAAGAUUUCCAUGAGCAGCGGCUGAUAAUGGAUUGUGAACCGGAAUCACUGGUAAUUCUGCUAAAUCAGGCCAAGGAGUUUAAGCUAUUGGGACCGUUUAGGAAUUGGUUCUUAACCCAUUUGGACACCCAUAGUUCGGGUCUGCUGCAGGCCAAUAAUGCCGAUUUUAAAUCGAACAUAACCUCGGUGCGUAUCAAAGGCGUCGAUGCCAAUCCAUUUGAAAGGAAGAAGACCCGAAUAACAGAAGUUGAUCAAAUUUUGGGCAAUCAAACCAUGCAACCCACUCUAAUGUACGAUGCUGUGAUCCUCUUUGCCAAUGCUGCCCGAAAUGUUAUAACCAGUGGCAAGGAUUUUGUGGAGCCCACAGGCAGCUGUGAGGCGGAGGGUUUAUAUCCAUGGAUAUUGGGCAAAUAUAUUGUGGGCGAGAUGAAGAGGAUAUCCGAAGACGAUGUUGAGCCACCCUUCAAAACGGAAAAUAUGCGUAUCGAUGAGUAUGGCCUGAGGACAGAAUUCAACCUGGAGAUCUAUAAGCCCACAAUUAACGAACCCUUGGCCACAUGGACCCCAGAUGGCAAUAUACAAUCGGUGCGACGUGAUUUCCAAAUCUCCUCAUCCUCCUCGGCGGCCGUGCAGGAUUUUGCCCAAAGUCGUAGGGUCUACAGGGUGGUCACCCAUUUCGAGGAACCCUAUUUUAUGAUGAAGGAAGAUGCCGAAAAUUUUCGUGGUGAUGAAAAAUAUGAAGGAUAUGCUGUCGAUUUAAUACAAAAAUUAUCCGAACUUAUGGAAUUCGAAUAUGAGUUUGUUGUGGUCAAUGGUAAUGGUAAAUUUAAUCCGGUGACAAAGGAGUGGGAUGGGAUUAUGAGGUCCCUGAUAGAUCAUCGUGCCCAAAUCGGUGUCUGCGAUCUGACCAUUACCCAGCUGCGCCGUAAAUAUGUAGAUUUUACAGUACCCUUUAUGCAGCUGGGUAUUAGUAUCCUGUUUUAUAAACCCGAUCCGGAGGUCAAGGAUAUUUUUGCUUUCUUACAACCCUUUGCUAAGGAGGUGUGGAUGUAUGUCAUCCUGACGCAAUUGGUGAUGACCUUGGCAUUUGUUUUUAUGGCCAGAAUUUCCCACCACGAAUGGGAGAACCCCAACCCCUUGGUCGAGGAUCCCGAAGAAUUGGAAAAUAAGUGGCGUACCCGCAACACCGGCUGGCUUAUGAUUGGUUCCAUUAUGCAGCAGGGUUGUGAUUUAUUGCCAAGAGGUGCCCCCAUGCGCAUGCUCACCGCCAUGUGGUGGUUCUUUGCCCUAAUGAUGUUGAGUACCUAUACGGCCAAUUUGGCUGCCGUCUUGACAAGCAAUAAAAUUAAACCCUCAAUAGAGAGCCUCGAAGAUCUAAUCGAUCAACAUGAAAUUAAAUUUGGCACCUUGGAGGGUGGCAGCACCUCGCUGUUCUUUUCCGAAUCGAAUGAGACGAAUUAUCAAAAGGCUUGGAAUCAAAUGAAAUCUUUCGAACCUUCAGCCUUUACCAAGUCCAAUAAGGAGGGUGUGGAAAGGGUGCGAAAAGGUGAGGGCAAAUAUGCCUUUCUGAUGGAGACCACAAGUUUGUCAUAUAAUACGGAACGGGAUUGCCAUCUCCAACAAAUCGGAGAUCAAAUUGGUGAGAAACAUUAUGGACUGGCUGUGCCGUUGGGCGCCGAUUAUCGCACAAAUCUAAGUGUUUCGAUUUUGAAACUGAGCGAAACGAAUGAGCUGUAUAAGCUGAAAAAGAAAUGGUGGAAAAAUCACAAUGUCACAUGUGAUGAUGAUGAGACCGAUCCGCAGGUUAUCGAUGGUGAUGAAUUGUCUCUGAUCGAAUUGGGUGGUGUUUUCUUGGUAUUGGUGGGUGGCAUUGUGGUGGCCAUUAUUAUAGGGAUCUUGGAGUUUUUGUGGAAUGUUCAAAAGGUGGCGGUAAGGGAGAAGGUCACACCCGGUGAGGCCUUUAAAGCUGAGCUAACUUUCGCCUUGAAAUUUUGGAUUACCAAGAAACCAAAUCGCAUCUCAUCGAUACGCACGAACAGUGAUGAUACAACCUCAAGGGCUUCAAGGUCCACCUCCCGACGUUCUUCAUCUCAGUCGAAGCAAUCGAAACAAUCCAAACAUUCGAAACAUUCAAAGGUUUCCAAACGAUCGAAACGCUCUAAACGUUCGAGAUCACGUUCACGAUCCCACAGCAAGAGUCGUUCGAAGAAAUAUUCAACUUCGGGAUGAA